AUGUCACCUGGUAACUCAAAGAAUUGUGUGAUCAAGAAAAAAUCCAAGAGAGCUAUUAUAAAGACAUGGUUUCAUGGUCCCGAAAAACAGUUUAUUCAUGAUAAAAGUUUAUUAUGUCUUGAAAACAAUUUAGACUCUGCCUCCCAAACAGCUUCAUGUUCUGUGCGUUCUAAAGGACAAUCCCCACCACAAAUAUAUGAUUUAAAGGAUUCAGCUAAAACUUUUCCAGAUAUACAAGAAAAUGAAGAACCAGUAAAGAAAGAUGUUAAUCCAUCUGAUAAUGUGAAGGAGAAUGUUGAGAAAGAAGACAACUUGGAAGAUGAUGAUUUUGAUGAAGAAAUUGAGAGGAAGAAAUCACGGGGCUUGUCUAGAAAGAGAUUAGGGGAACUUAGAGAAACUUUUAAAAUUAAUUUAGAAAGAAUAACACACAGUCACGGAAAAUUCUCACUUCGAAUGAAUAUGCCAGAUGACGAAUCAGAUUUUGGAGAUAGUACUAAUGUUACUAUCAAAACUACGGAAUCUGAAGCCAAAGGUACAUUAUCAUGCUACCAGAGCUUUAGAACAAAUCCAAAAGAUUUAUCUAUCUUGUAUGAUUAUGCAAUGAACACUAGUUUAGGGGAGUUACAAAAAACAAGUAAUGAUUCAAAAAAGUCAACUUUUCAAGGUUCAUUAUUUAGGAAACUAGUAUAUCAAGACCUUUCUAAUGAAGAUUUUUUAGAAAAGUUUAGAAAUUCUUCAAAUACAGUUCCAAUUGAAAAACUCGACCUGUUUAAGAAUGAUAGCACUUCAAGUCUGUAUAGUUCUAUCUAUGAUUUUGGUGAUUAUUCUGAUGAGUCAGAUGAUGAUGAUAAUUAUUCAGAAAGAAAUGCUAUGAUACAAGCAAUCUCACCUGCGGCUGUGAAUAUAUCUACCUUAUUGGAAAAUCCCGAAAAUACAAAAAGAAGCACUAAACGUUUGCUAAGUAUUGAUAGGGCAGAGGGAACUAAGAGACAAAGAUUUGACACAAAUAAAGAGCUAUUUAUUGAUAGUUUAUUCAAGCAAAAAAAUGCUAAUACAGAAUUCUUAUCUGCCAUCGGGAAUACUUCACAUCCAAUCCCAAGUUUGGAAAAUGCUGAUGUGGAGUCAUCAAAUAAUACUAAUAACUCUACUGAAAUAGAUCAUUUUCUUAUCCAACCUAAGAAUAUAAAUCCAGCCAGUGAUGAGGAAUAUUCAAGUGUACCAUCUUUAGUACCGGAAGAGAAAUCCACAUCUACUUCAAGAAUAACAUCUGACUCAAGCCAAUUGUAUACAAUCCCAACUUUUCGAAACGAUACUAAGAGUUUAAAUAUUGCCAAUAUUGUUUCAAAUUUGAGAAAUGGUUCAAUUGAUACAACCAGGUUGAAGUGUCGUAAUGCAGGUGAUGGUAUGAAUACUGUGUCAUAUAGGGAUGAGCACUUCUAUGAUAGUUUGCCAGAUAAAUAUUUUUGUGAUGAAUCUAUUGAUGAAUCUAUAGAUGAAAAUGAAAAUUUAACAAACGAUGAGGUUGAAGAUCGUGAAACAACCUUUGCUCUCAGUCAUCCUUAUGAUACGGUUAGAUCAUUCCAUACAGGACUUGAGGACUUAAGUGUAAUUAAUAAUGAAGGAACUAGUGUUAGAUUUAAUGAUCACUCCAAAUUAUUUGUUUAUACACCAAAAAGAAAAAACUUGGUGCAUUCAAGAAAUGAACAUCAACUACUAGACUCUGAAAAAAAUCAAAGUUUAAAAUCAAUAUUAAAAACAAAAGAUCAUAUUAGUACCGAAAUUGAAAAUGCAAGGGCAAUUUGUUGUGAUUCGGUUAACGUGAAAUCAUUUAUACAGUCACUCAAUGACUAUGAAGAGAAAAGGUUAACUGAUGACAAGAAUAAUGCAAUUUCAAGAGAAAAUCAAAUAAGUCGAUAUUACUCUAAAGAAACCUCCUCAAACCGUUCAGUUAUUGUUAGCGUUCAAAGCUGUGGUAGUGACAGUUAA